AUGCCUAGACGUCCUGCGCACGGACAAGAAGAGGAAGCAACUGAUGAGGUAGCACAAGCUGAGACAGGAAUCAGAGGAGAAGAUUCUAGAGAAGAGCCAGACCAUUCGGAGACUCGAGAGGCUGGCAAGAGCGACAAGCGGGACAACAAGAAGCGCAGCAAGGACAAGAAAGGUGAAAUACGGAAGGACAAGAGGAAGAAGGAUAAGAAGGAUAAGAAGGACAAGAAGGAGAAAGCCAAGAGGCAUGAGCUGAAGGCGUUUGGUAGAGCCAAAGAUCGCAAAAGAAAGCAAACUGCAGAGGAGAAGGAAAGGGAGUGGAACUCCUUCUUGUCUUUUGAGCUCAACGAGGCACCCUCCCAACCGUCCUCCAACCUGCCCAAUGCUGGUAUCACUUUUGAGGUCAGCCAACACGAGACCAGGCCAGCUCCUGCAGAUCCAAUAUCAAGCGAUCCUGUCCAUGAUCCAGUGAUGGAGUUGCGCAGGAGGAUCGAACAGCUACUGGUCUCUUCUGGUGGUGAAAGCACCGUGGGAAGAGCUGAAGCAAAGCUUCGAACGACUUUGAACAGCAAGGUGCUGAGCAGCUUUUCCAUUACUCCGGCUUCAGAUCGAAGCACCUCCAAUGCGAUCAUUCGCCUGACAGCAAAGCAGGCUUGCGCCCUCUUAGAAGAACCAAGCUUGCAAUUGGCUGCGCUCGAGGAGAGUUACUUCGCUCUUGGAGAAGAGGUACUUCAGUCGGGGUUGGACUUUUCAAACGAGGACAGGUUUCGAGAUCUUUUUGAUGAUUUCUUGGCAAAACGAGAGGAUUUGCGGAUGGCGUCGCAAAGGAUGGAGCCAAAGAAGCCAUACAUACCCCGCACGCGCAGAGCAAAGAGGAGUCACAGGGAUUUGCCUCCCAUGACAGAGGAUGAGAAGAAUUUACUACAUGACGUUCGCAGAGUGAUGAAGGCUCUGUCGCAUGAUACUUGGAUUCCACUGUCUCAGCUCUUGGAGGAUGCAAAGAUCCGGAGGGCUCGCUGGAAGCUGCCAUUGGGACUUUCUCUUUGGCAAUGGCUGUCCUUGCGGUGUGACGAGCAGCUCACCACAGUCAAUCAGGGCUCCGAUAUGCUUCUGCAGCUAUCAGAGGGAGCAGUUCCUCAGAAGGGCCUUCGGAUGAGUAAUGAGGAAAGAAGGCAGCAGUUGUCCGAAGCUGUCUUCGAGACUCUGGCUGUUCUGCAGCGAGACUUUCCUCAAGGAGGAGGGCUUGAUGUGGAUGAUUUGCGGCAAGUUCCAGCUGUUUCGCGUUUGCAGUUUGAACGUGCAGCCUUGAUUCAGGCCUUGAAAAAGCAGAGGACUUUGGAGGUUUCCUCUCGAGGUGGGCGCUUGAUGGUGCGUCUUCGCGACGCACCGCAGCAAGGCGAGCCAAAGGAACGGAAUGGACCCGUGAAAACGAUAGACAGGCUAGAGACAGAAAAAGUGGAUGGGACUGUGCCAGAGCCAGGUGCUUCAAAAAGUCUCAUUCCAGACCGUCCCCUUCCAAUCAAUGUAGCUGACUGGCAACGGGAACAGGAGUAUUGGUUUAAAGGAAUGAAGCCCCUUCCGGAGGGUUGGAUUCGCUGCUUGUCCAGAAAUUCCAAGCAGAUGUACUAUUACGACACCAAGAACUGCAAGUCAGCAUCACAAGAGCCCCAGGAGCCUGCCCAACCAAGAACACCAAUGGCAAUGCCUGGCUAA